AUGAGCGACAACAUCCAUGGCGUUAUUGCUGGUCUGCAAACCUCUUUCCCCAUUGCCAUGCUCAUGGCCGGACUUCUUGCUGUUUCUUUCUUUUCUGUAAUUGAGUUAACCGUAUGGACUCUUUCCACUUUCCAACGAUGGAAAGGUCUUUACUUUUGGAGCCUAAUUGUUGCCACAUGGGGUAUCGCAUUCAACAGCUUAGGAUACACUCUCAAAUUCUUCCAGGUCACCACAGCAAACCUGUUCUCUGUAACACUAAUAAUCAUUGGAUGGAUCUGUAUGGUCACCGGUCAAUCAGUAGUCCUCUACUCUAGGCUUCAUCUAGUGCUACACAACCACAAAAAGCUACGAUGUGUCCUCAUCGUCAUCAUUAGCAAUUUUUUCGCAUGUCACGUUCCUGUCACAGCGCUUGUGUACGGAGUCAAUUCAUCAAACCCGUCACCUUUUUUGAGACCUUACGAUAUCUACGAGCGUGUACAACUCACCAUCUUCGCCUGCCAGGAAGCGCUCAUCUCUGGACUCUACAUAUACUACGCCAGGGGGUUCCUCCACACAGCCAGACACUCAAGAUACCAGCCCCGAAAUACGUUGAUGUUUCAGCUUAUUUACCUCAAUCUCAUCUUGAUGGCCCUCGAUGUCGCCCUUCUGGGUCUCCAGUACACCGGAUUCUACGAGAUACAAACCAGCCUCAAACCAGCAAUCUACAGCCUGAAACUCAAGCUUGAGUUCAAAGUACUGAACAAUCUACUCAGGUCGACAGAAGAUCAGAGUCAAAACCUUGAAGCGUAUACGGGCAGCAACAGCAUUCCACCAUAA